AUGGUCAAGAAGAACCCUUUGCGUCGCCUUUCUGUCGCUUUGAGACUCACCGAGGCCUAUCAGCCAGCUCAGUCCCCCGAUUCAGUGAUGAACGGGCCGUCGCUCAACCAAUUUCUGACUGGUGCCAAGGCUAGCUAUCUGAAGGAUGUGAAAGAGGAUCCAACGAAGGCAGCAGCGUGGACAGUGGUUAUGGGCAACGAGGCCGGCGACCUCGACACGCUUGCGAGCUCAAUCGCGUAUGCCUGGAUUCUCUCAGAGGUCAACAAGACGUCGGCUGUACCGCUGGUACCAAUAGAACGCGCAGAUCUCAGUCUGCGGGCAGAAAACCUUCAUGCACUCAAGAUGGCAGGGUUGAGCGAGGACGCGCUGCUCACGCUCACCGAACUGGCUGGCUUCAGGCCACAAAAGUUCGCCCUCGUAGACCACAACUGCCUGGGUCCAACCUACGACCCUAACGCAGAGGUUGUCGCCAUUCUCGACCACCAUCAAGACGAAGGACUCUAUCUGAACGCCAACCCGCGCACAAUCUCACCAUGCGGCAGUUCUGCGUCUCUCGUCGCAGUUCUCUUACCACCAGAACCACCUGCAGAGCUUUGCACGCUCCUCCUGGCAGCUAUUCUGAUUGACACAGACGGAUUGAAGCCUGGAGGCAAAGCCACUGAUGUCGAUCGGAGCUCCGCGCUGUUCGUCGCCCCAAAGUCAACCAUCUCCAACUCCAUACCGCCACUCUCAGCUCUAUCGCCUAUCGAUAACCCAAAUCCAGACUCUCUGUACGAUGCACAGGCCAUCAAGGAUCUAACAAGUACGCUUACCCUUAAGAAGACGGACAUAUCGCAUUUAGGCGGCUUCGACCUGCUCCGACGCGACUACAAGGAGUAUACGCAUCCCUUGCCUUGGGUCCCCGGUCAGCCUGCAAUCAAAGUUGGCCUAUCUACUGUUCCAGCUCGUCUCAAAACUUGGGGGUCAGAUGGCCGUCUGGAAAAGGACGCGGUUGAGUGGAUGCGACGCAGGAGACUCACAAUCCUCGGCGUUCUGACGACAUUCCGUGACACGAAAGGAAAGAUGCUAGGGAACAGUGGGAAGCAGGGCAAGCACAAACGCGAGAUGGCUUGGAUUAUCCUCCACGAAACCGAGAUGGAGCACAUAUCCGCGAAAGGUCUGACGAUAGACACCCUCGCAAGCCGUCUUUUCGCAAGUCUUGAGGCGGAUGCCGAAAUCGAGGUGAAGAAGCACAAAAAGUUCCACUUGGAGAAGUCCAGCCACCUCCCUCCAAAGGCGAAAGCCAUGGUUUACAAGCAAGGCAACGCUCGGGCAACGCGGAAGGCAAUCGCUCCUCUGAUGAAGAAGACCUUGGAAAGCGCUGGACCAUCAGACUCGACGGCCGAGUCAGGGAAGGAGGGAUCCGCUUCGAAAUAUUAG